AUGCAUCCACAAACCGGAGUUCAACAAAAUCCUAUUAGCAAUGAAAAUUCUCCACACUCACAAGCUUCUGCUUUCGAUGCUACUAACACUAUCGAUCUUAAUGAUGAUGUUAUCGAAGUUGAAAAUAUGCGAGAUUCUAUAACUCAGUGGAAAUGGAGUGAAGAUAAACUUCUAAUUAGCGCAUGGUUGAAUGUAUCUACUGAUCCUAUAAUCGGUGCAGAUCAAAAAGGUGAAGCAUUUUGGGAUCGAAUUCGUCAGUAUUGUGAAGAAAGUAAUCCCGGGCUUAUCAAAAGAGGAGCUCAAAAAUAUGGAUCUUGCUAUGAACAAGCCGAGCGAAGGGUGGGAAGUGGUUCGAACUUGGACAACAUAAUCGAACCAGCUCAUGAUCUCCACAAAGCUAAAUACAAAAAGAAGUCAAAUUUUGAAUUACAUUGGAACGAGCUUCGGAGACAACCUAAGUGGAGAGCUCCAACUCCAAGUGGUGGAAGUGGAAAACGAACUAAAUUGAGUGAUUCUGGAGCUUAUUCAACAUCGGGAAAUGAUGAGACCAAUGAAAAUAUCGUGGAAUCUCCUGUUCGUCCUAAAGGUACAAAAGCAGCUAAGAAAGGAAAAGGAAAGGCAAAAACAAGAAAAGAUAUGCAAGAUGAAUAUGAAGAGUUGAAGGCCGAUAAUAUUAGGAAAUUAAAUCUAAUAGACAAAUUUAAUCAUGUCCGACAAAAGGAUAUUGAUAUUUGA